ACGACUUUCCCUUGGAUUUAAAAAUGACAGUUGUCAUCCGUCCAGCCCGAGCCACUAGAAUGGCAGCUCACCUCCGAGUUGUAGAGGAGCCAAAUCCCCGACUUUCUACCUAAUGUACCAAAUCUCUUUCGUUGUCGUAGAGAAGGACGAAAUUUGUACCGCAAGUCAGCCGGCCACGACGACCACCCAUUACGAGCUAGUGGAGCUUAAGGGAUGUAAAUGGUCAAAGACGACUCUGCCUCGUCUCUCUUCUUCUUCUUGCGCACUGAGAAUGAGGAAGGAGUGAAACAAUGGAACCCUCCAUGGGCACGACCUCAAGAACCCAACUCAUUUUGCUCUUCUUCUUCGUCGCCCUCUCGUUCUUGCUUAGCUUCUGCAUCUGCAGCGACCCUAUUUACCUCGGCCACAUUUGCCCAGACACAAUUCCUCUUUUCAGUUCCAACAGCACCUACCAGUCCAACCUCAAAACCCUUCUCUCUUCUCUCUCUUCCAACGCCACCUUCAACUCCAAUAACUCCUACUCCAACGCCACCGUCGGCCAGAAUCGCGACACCGUUUACGGCCUCUACUACUGCACAGGCUAUGUCACCUUCGAUGUGUGCAGCAAUUGUGUCAACUUCGCUGCUGUGGACCUUCCCCGGCGCUGCCGCAACCGGAAAAUCAGUUAUAUUUGGUACAACGAGUGUAUGUUGCGCUACUCCUACCUUUCCUUCUUCUCCACCGUCUCCGUCUCCCCUUCAUUCAUGUUGUAUAACCCUCAUAACAUCUCUGACCCAACUCGAUUUUCUAAGCUCUUGGGUGAUACAAUGGACGAGGCCGCCACUGAAGCUUCCCCCAAGUUAGAGAGAUUCGCCAUUAAAGAAGCUAAUUUCACAAAUUCUCAGACACUGUAUUGUAUGGUUCAGUGUAGCCCUGAUUUGUCAGGGAAGGACUGUAACAGUUGCCUUGUGGGUAUCAUCGCUGAGCUCCCCAGUAGUUUUAAUGGUUUGCAAGGUGGAAGGAUUCUCAAUCCCAGUUGUAAUAUCAGGUUUGAGAUGUACCGUUUCUUCCCGGUCACAGCUUCGGCACUUUCUCCUACCCAUAAUCUUCUCCCUCCGCCGCCUCCGGGGAACGGAGCGACCACUGCUUCGCCUCCUAGUAACAGAACUACCAUUCCAGAAAAUGAAGGAAAUUUUUCCAAGAAAAUAGUUGCCAUUGUUGUUCCCAUUGUUGUGGCAGGAGUGAUUCUUUUCUCUGUUCUCUUGUAUUGUUUUCUAAUUCGGAAGAAAAAGCAGGAUCCCUCAAAGGAGAAUGGUUUGUGCAUAGGUGGCAACACAAUUGAAGCAGAAUCAUUGCAAUUUGAUUUUAGUACAGUCCUUACAGCCACGGACAACUUUGCAGAUGUAAAUAAGAUUGGUGAAGGAGGAUUUGGUGAAGUUUUCAAGGGUAAAUUUCCUAAUGGACAAGAAAUUGCUGUGAAGAGGCUCUCAAGAUACUCAAGGCAAGGUGCAGAAGAAUUCAAGAAUGAGGUUCUCCUAGUUGCAAAGCUUCAACACCGGAAUCUAGUCAGGCUCUUGGGAUUUUGCUUGGAGGGAGAGGAGAAGAUACUCAUCUAUGAGUUUGUACCCAACAAAAGCCUUGACUAUGCCCUAUUCAACCCUGAGAAUUGUGUGCAGUUAGAUUGGCAGAGUCGUUACAAGAUCAUAAGCGGGAUUGCUCGGGGACUCCUUUAUCUUCAUGAAGAUUCCCGCCUUCGAAUUAUUCAUAGAGACCUUAAAGCAAGCAAUAUCUUGUUAGAUUGGGAAAUGAAUCCCCAGAUUUCAGAUUUUGGGACAGCAAGAAUUUUUGGCGUAGACCAAACUCAAGCAAGAACAAAUAGAAUAAUUGGGACUUAUGGUUAUAUGCCUCCGGAGUAUGUAAUUCAUGGGCAGUUUUCAGCCAAAUCAGAUGUGUUCAGCUAUGGCGUAAUAGUUUUGGAGAUUGUAAGUGGAAAGAAGAAUGGCAGUUUAUAUGAAACAGACUCUGCUGAGAGCCUUAUGAGCCAUGCAUGGAGACAUUGGACUGCAGGAACCGCCUUUGAGUUGAUUGACCCAAUUAUGAGAGAAAAUUGUUCAAGAAGUGAAAUUAUGAGAUGCAUUCACAUUGGGUUAUUGUGUGUUCAGGAAGAUGUAGCUGACAGACCCACAAUGGCAUCUGUAGUUCUCAUGUUGAACAGCUUCUCAGUUACUCUCAUGUCACCCUCACAACCUGCAUUUUUUGUGCGAAGCAGAAUGGAUUCAGAUCAAUCUAAAAGUAGGUCGAUACCAUUAUCUGCCAAUGAAGCUUCGAUCAGCGAGUUAGAGGCCCGAUAAUGUGAGUGGAUUAAAGGUGAUGUAGAAUAAAUGUUUUGUGCAACAUGCAGUGUAUGCCUUGAAUGGAGAUAAUCAAUUCACUGAAGCAAGUGAAGGGAAAGCACAUAUUCCUAUAAGCAAGGAACGAGAAGGACUUUGUAACCAAAGGUAUAGAGCUUAGUAUAGAGCUUAGUCACAAAAAACAUAAAUGAUCAAGUAAAGAUGCAGCCUGAGAUGCAAGGUGGUCAGCAGCUUUUUUCUAUUCGCGGAUAUAAUCCUGAAGUCAGACUUUCUCAGUUGGUUUGAGAAGUUUUUGACAAUUUAUCAGAAGUGUAAUGUACCUGGAGGGAUAAAUUGCAAUACAUUGGACUUUAUUUGAAUCUCAUUUCUUAUUUUUGGGCCA